AUGGCGACUCGAACCAGCGCGGCCCGGGCGCUGCGCGUGGGCUCCGUGGGCGGCCUGAUGCCCUUGCUGACCGUCGCGGGCGCGUCUUGCCUCGCGGAUCGGCGAGAGGCGCUCAACGCGCCGCCGCAGAGCUCCAAGACGUCGUCCUCCGACUGCGUUUCGACCACGGCGCUGCUCGUGUACCGAGGACUUGGCGCCGGCCUCGCCUGGACGAUCGGCGUGGACGGCUACUUCCUGGCCAGCCUCUCAGACGCCGAGUGGCAGCAGCGCGUGGCGGCGCGUCCCGGCUCCAGCGUCGCGCGGGAGGCGGCGCGGUGGCUCGGACGGCUCAGCGUGCGCAACAUGCUCGGCUUCGCGGGCUUCCUGGGCGUCUUCGGGGGCAUGAGCUGCAGUCUGAAGAAGGUGCGGGGCAAGAGCGACCUGCUGAACCCGUUCGUGGGCGGCUUCACGGCCGGCAUGGUCAUUCUGCCCAAGGAGGUGCGCAAGCCUCGCGCGCUCCUGACGGCGGCGUUCCUGUGCGGCUCGGCGUCGAUGGCGCUGCACUACUUCAUCCCGACUGGCGAGAACAAGAGCGAGGGCGUCAGCGAGACAAGGUAG